AUGAAUUCGAAAAAGAAAUUAUUGGAAAAAAUUAAUCCUAAGUUGUUAGAAAUAACACCUAAAUCAAGUUUUGAAGCUGAUUCUGUAAUAACAUUAGAAAUUGGUAAAAACGAUGUAAAUAACGAAGCACAAAAGCUAAUGGAAAGAUUUUAUAAAAGACAAGAGUUAAUUCUAAAAAGUAAAUGUAUUGAAGAUAAUAUUGAGUUGAAAACUUCUAAAGAGAUAUGUCAGUCAAUAUCAGAAAAAUUAUUUUCAAAUGUUAAAAAAAAAAAUGAAUUAAACCGUAAUGGAAAUGUGAAAAAAUUGCCUGAUUUUAAAAACAUGUUAAAAGAUGAAAUCGCGACCAAAAGGAAGGAAAAUUAUGAAAAAAGGUUAAUUGAACAUAAUAAAUGGAAAAAUGAACAAAAAUCUCUUUGUGAAGAAUCAACAGAAUGUGAUUCGGAAGAAGAAUUGACUUAUUAUGAAAAGGAAAUUGUAGAAAAUGAUAUAAAUAGUAACGAAGAUGAAUGCGACAAAAAGUCUGACAGUGAAAAACUUGAUACUCCUAGUAAUCCUACAGAUAAUGAUACAGUUAUUUCGAUGAAUGGAUCAGAAUCAACAAAAAUUGUUUGUACUGAAACUAAAUCAAAUAAAAAAAAAAAUUCUUCCUUAGGAGUAUUCAAAGUCGAUGAUGAGUAUUCUAAUGAUCAUGAUAAAAAUACUUCUGAAACUUGUUCUACAACAGAAUCAUUUCAAUUUAAUUCAGAAACAAAUGUACCAGAUAUUAAAGAUACAGAAAAUGUUGAUAAUUCAUUUUCACAGUAUUUAAAAAACAGUUUUUUGAAUUUGUCUUCUUCAAAAAUUUUAGAUGCAGAUAAAUCACAAUCAAGUCAAUCAGAUAAAAAAUUAGAAUUUUCAAAUGAAAAAGAAUUUGAUUUGGCUGAUGCUUACGAGUUUUGUUCCGGAAAGUUUCCUGAUUCAAGUCAAGUUAAUAAAAGUGAAGAAGUUGCUAAUAAAACUACUCCAAAUGAGGAAAAUGCAUUAGAAAAUAUAUCUCAAAAUGAAAAUUUUAAUAAAAGUAAAAAAAGUAGGAGGAUAUUCUUUGAAGGAGAUGAGAGCAGUGAUAGUGAAAAUGAUGAAAACUUAGAUGAUUUCGAUUUUGAUGAUAAUGAUGAUGAUGAUGAUGGUGUUGAAGACCUCGAGAAUAGUAAGCCAAAGCCUCAGAAAAUUUUUUCAGCUGAUGAAUAUGAUUCUAGAGAAAGUAUUAGUGGAAAUAAUAAAAAAGUUAAAGGAGCUUUAAUGUUUUCAGAUGAAGAGGAUGAAGAUGAUAAUGAUCCUUUACAAAAUGAUGACACUCAAAAUGGCGAAUUUGAUGAAAAUAAUGAAAGUGAAAUUUUAGACUCAGAUGAAAAUUCUAUAGUCGACUCUGAAGAUAAUUAUGUGUUAAAUAUGAAAAAUUUUUUUGAAAAAGAAGCAGAAGUUAGUGGAUCUGAGGGUAGCGACGAUGAAGAUGAAAAAGAUUUGGAUAAAUUUGAGGAAGAAGAAGGAGACAAAGAUGAUUUAGAUUAUGCACAAGUUCAGUCUCAAUUAGAAAAAAUUCACUUACGCCGAUUGCUGGAUGAUGAUUCGAAAAAUAUCAGACUACUUCAAGAAUUAUUUUUCGAAGAUGGAGAUUUACAUACGGAUGAAAAAUAUAAAAAAUUUAGAUGGAAAAAUAUAGGUGAUGAAAAUUUAGAAAAUGUUGGAAUUGACGAAUCUCUAACAAAGGAUGAUGAGGGUGAUUGCAGUGAUGACGAAAUCAUUGAAGAUAUGAGUAUAAGACGUGAACGUCUCAUAAAUCAAUUAUUAUUUGAAAAGAAAACUACGGAAGAAUUAUUUUCAAACGAUUUGUUUAAGAAAACAUAUCAAAAAUUAAAAGUAACAUCAGUCAAAAGUCAAAUGAAACCUUUUUUUAAUAAUAAUGAAGAAAAGAAAAAAAAUAUGUCGUCGAUAAAUUCAUUUACAUUUAAUUCUAGAAGUUCUUUUCUAAGUGAAAAUAAAGAAGUUUUAUUAAAACUUGCCAAAGUUUCAACAUUUGCCGUGACGGAUAAUACUAACAACAGUACAAAAUCGAAAAAUUCAAAAAAUUUUGUUUUUGCAUCGAAAACUCCGGAAAAGGAAAAAAAAUUUGAAAAAAAACCCGAAAAUAAAAAAAGACGACCAGAAGAAGAAAAUGAUGAUAAAAAAUUAAAAAAAAAAUUAAAAUUUAUACGUGAUACGUCAAAUCCAAUUCCUUCUCUAUUAGAUCUUGUUAAAUAA